UCAGAUCAUGUGCCUCUCAACAGCUGAUGCAACGUUCGAGUAGAAAGCGGUGGCUGCAGUCGGUUCUGAUCUGUAUUCGGUACUGCUAACGAAGAGGAAGAGCUGGCCGGACACGGUGGGACACAUCACUUAGCAGUGAUGGUGAUGAUGUACGUUCAGACUUUUGGGGGCACGACUGUUUACAGUAAAAGGACAAGCCCUACAGGCGAUGAAGGGGAUAGUGUAGUCCAGCUGGUGAAGAAACUCAUUCAGCACAGUUUCGCAGGCGAAGCGGUGACAAGUUCAAAGAAAAUAAAACAUGGUGACAUCCCUUUUGAGAGACAUUAUAACGCAGAUGACGAAAGCCUUAUUCCUGGAUCAGAUGCCUAUUUCUUGAAUCAAUCUGGUAAUGACUUUAUUUUUCUGGAGGAAUUCUUAGAAGAAAGGACAUGCCAAAAUCUUGCUAAGCAGAUAGAGCAUUGCUUGUCUAAUUCAAAAAAAUCUCAGCUGCACUGCCAAGAGCUCUUGAUCCCCCAGUACAUGAGUAGGAGAAUAGCCCGAGAUGUACUUCGAAUGGCUGCCAAUGAGCCUUGUGGACUGCGUGGUGCAGUGAUCUAUAUCAAUCUGGAGCAUGAGAACACAAGUAAGAAGCUGGGCAAAAUUGUUUAUGACAGCAGUGUCAUUCCUACCUUUGAAUUGACUCUAGUCUUUAAACAAGAUGAUAACAGCUGGCCAAGUCUGAGUGACUUCUUCGCUAUAGGGGCCUGUUUCUCUCAAUCAUCAAGAAGGGUUCUGAAACUUAGUCCAGGCUUUAGAUUAGUCAAAAGAAAGUUAUAUUCUUCUGUGGGACCAAUUGUUGAAGAAUGCUGAUUGAAUGCCAAACUUGCUCUUCAAGGGUAAUUUUUGUGCUAUUAAGAAUAAGACUUAAGUGCUAUUAAGCCAGCAAUAGAAGUGUUUCUCUAAAAUACAACUGUUAAUAACUUGAACUUCACUAAUUAUUUUGGAUUCAGAAUAUUGUGUGUAUAUAUAAUGCCUACUCUAGCAUCCAUCGCAUUAAGUUGGUAGUGCAGUAGGCAGAGGAUCCACAAUGGACUUUCAUGCAGUUUUCCUAUUGUCUUUUUACUGAUACCACUGUUAGAAGUAGACUUUUUUGGUUAUGGAUGAGGACAAUUAAAAGCAUGCAGUGAUGGUAUAGUGAGCAACAUGCAUGGGGGUCUGAGGGAAAGGAAAUGAAAGCAUGAAACACGUCUGUAAAUUUUUUUUUCUUUUGGAAGGUGAAGGUACUCUACAUUAACGUUUAGUUGCAAGUGGUACUAGAUUAAAAUAGAGUUUAAAGUUGUGAUAUUUAUUUUACUGAUGUUCAGUAUUGUUAAAUGUUUGCACAUUUUUGCACUGAUCAGUUGAACCAUUUUUGUAUUUGUAUGGGCAUGCUGGACUUGCUCUAACAUAGUACCUUGCAUUUAUACAAACAGUGCAAGCUUCCUGUAGUGGAUGCAGGGUAGUUAAUUGCUACCUUUUAUCUACUGCAGUGCUAUGAUUAUGUCUGGUUUUGAAGUGUAAGAGAUUGUCAAUAAACCUUUUUUAUAAAAUAAA